AUGUGGGAUUAUACUGUGAAAGUCGAAGAAGGAAGAGCUGCUGCUGAUAAUGGGAAGCCUUCUGCGGGAGCAGUUUAUCGCAGCAUUUAUGCUAAAGAUGGUCUUAUGGAGAUUCCUCCUGCUUUUCAAUCUCCCUGGGACUUCUUCAGUGAAUCAGUCAAAACGAAUCCCAAGAAUCCGAUGCUCGGUCGCCGUCAAAUCAUCGAUGGGAAGGCGGGUUCGUAUUCUUGGCUCACAUACCAGGAAGUCUAUAAUACAACUCUCAAGAUCGGUUCUUCCAUCCGAAGCCGUGGCGUCAAUCCCGGUGACCGUUGUGGCAUAUACGGAGCUAACUGCCCGGAGUGGAUAAUUGCAAUGGAGGCUUGUAAUGGGCAUGCCAUUACUUAUGUACCGCUGUAUGAUAGCCUUGGUGCAAAUGCAGUUGAGUAUAUAAUCAACCAUGCUGAAGUUUCCAUAGCAUUUGUUCAAGAGAGCAAGCUCCCAGCUAUCCUAACAUGUCUCUCCAAAUGUACACCACAUCUAAAAACUAUUGUGAGUUUUGGAAAGAUUUCGGACAAGCAAAAGGAAGCAGCUGAGGAACUAGGUGUAGCCUGCUUCUCAUGGGAAGAAUUUACUUCAAUGGGAAAUUUGGAUAGUGAUCUUCCUCCAAGGGAGAAGAAAAACACAUGCACGAUAAUGUAUACCAGUGGAACAACGGGAGAGCCAAAAGGAGUCAUUCUAAAUAAUGAUGCUUUCAUGGCUGAAGUCUUAUCUAUGGAUCAACUUCUUCUAGAGACUGACAAGCAGUUUUCCGAUGAGGAUGUAUACUUCUCCUUCCUUCCUCUAGCUCAUAUAUUUGAUCAAAUUAUUGAGACAUACUCUAUUUCCCGGGGUUCUUCAAUAGGAUUUUGGCAAGGCGACAUCAGAUACUUGAUCGAGGAUCUUCUAGUGUUGAAACCAACUAUUUUCUGUGGAGUUCCUAGAGUCUAUGAUCGAAUAUACACAGGCAUAAUGGAUAAAAUAUCAGCUGGUGGUUCACUGAAAAAGGCACUUUUCCAGUAUGCGUACAACUAUAAAUUAAGGAAUUUGGAGAAAGGACUAAAACAAGAGGAAGCAUCUCCUCUGUUGGACAAAUUGGUCUUUGAUAAGAUCAAACAAGGAUUUGGUGGACAAGUUCGUCUUAUGUUAUCUGGAGCUGCACCUUUGCCUAAGCACAUUGAGGAAUUUCUGAGGGUCACAUGCUGCUGUGUUUUAUCACAAGGAUAUGGCCUUACAGAAAGUUGUGGUGGAUGUUUCACUUCCAUAGCCAAUGUGUUCCCUAUGAUUGGAACUGUUGGUGUUCCCAUGACUACAAUCGAAGCGAGGCUUGAAUCAGUUCCUGAGAUGGGAUAUGAUGCACUUUCUAGUGUGCCACGUGGUGAAAUUUGUCUAAGGGGAACAACCUUGUUCUCUGGAUACCAUAAACGCCAGGAUCUUACAGAAGAUGUAGUUGUGGAUGGAUGGUUCCAUACAGGGGACAUUGGGGAGUGGCAGCUCAAUGGAGCAAUGAAAAUCAUUGACCGGAAAAAGAAUAUAUUCAAGCUGUCACAAGGUGAAUACGUUGCUGUGGAAAGAAUUGAAAGCACAUACUCGCGAUGUUCCCUUGUAACAUCAAUUUGGGUUUAUGGAAACAGCUUUGAGUCGUUUCUCGUGGCUGUGGUGGUACCAGAGAAAAAAGCACUUGAAGAUUGGGCCGCAAAUAAUGAGGUGAAGGGUGAUUUCAAGUCCCUGUGCAGUGACUCCAAGGCUAGCAAAUAUUUUCUAGAUGAGCUCAACGGCACUGCCAAAAGAUAUAACCUUCGAGGUUUUGAAAUGUUAAGAGCAGUUCAUCUGGAGCCAAUUCCUUUUGACAUUGAUCGCGAUCUAAUUACUCCGACAUUUAAGCUUAAGAGGCCACAAUUGCUCAAAUAUUACAAGGAUUGCAUCGAUAAACUGUACAGUGUUGCCAAGGGAACAAAGGCAUAA